GGCCGCCAUUUCCAUCACAUGGUUCCUGCAUUGGGCAGCUGAUCACCACCUCCUAUUCUAAGAAUGUCGUGACUACAAGAGAUUGCCGGUAGAAGCUUUCGGGAUUCUACGGCGAUGAAUGUAUUCGGACUAUGAGCAAGGGCCCUUCGCUCCGAGGACCGGGCAGACUUGCGUGCUCGAUGCCGGAUUGCCGGACAUAUUACCCCUAUUCCCUGACCACAAAGGCCAUCCUGAUGGAACUUCCUCACCUGACCCCUUACUCGACACCAGAAUGGCUGCUGUGAAUCCUUAUGGCUCGAGUCAGGAGCCCAUCGCGCCGCGUCAACGAGCUUCCCACGCUCACCCAGCACAGCUUACAUCAGGCCGGAUCACCCUCGCCCCGAAAUCGCUGGUGCACCCAUCGACCGUGGAACCCGUGAGCGAUCUCCUCUACUCGGGCUUCGUCGAGCAUCUUGGACGCGGCAUCUACGGUGGGAUCGUGGACGACCCCAACAAUCCAAGCCCUACUGAGCUGCUUGUCCAGCAAGAGGAUCCCAAGGAUGCAGCACGGACCGCAGGUCGCCUGGGCUGGCGCAAAGACGUCAUGAACAUCCUGGGCAAGGACGGAGAGCUUGAGAUGCCUGUGCUGCGCUGGCCAGGAGGCAACUUCGUCUCUAAUUAUCACUGGAAGGAUGCUAUUGGGCCUGUAGCUGAUCGGCCCAAGCGUCUUGAGCUCGCCUGGCUAAGCACCGAAAGCAAUAAGUUUGGUACCGAUGAGUUCAUCGACUACUGUCGCGGACUGGGUGCUGAACCCUACUUCUGCUUCAACAUGGGCACAGGUAGCUACGAGGAAGCGUUGGAGUGGCUAGAAUACUGCAACUCUGAGUCAGAUACUACUUUGGUGAACCUUCGCAAGAAGAACACCGGCAGAGAGGAGCCCCACAAUGUCCGGUAUUGGGGCUUAGGGAACGAAUGUUAUGGAGAGUGGCAGGUGGGAAAGCAGACUGCUUCGGACUACGUCAAGAUGGCUUCUCGCUGGGCGCACGCUCUGCGCCUCGUGGAUCCGAAUAUCAAGCUCGUAUCUUGCGGUGAACUGGGAACGACAGAGUGGGACAGAGAGGUCCUACAAGGCCUCAUCGACGUGGUGGACUACCAUUCCAUCCACCUGUACACCAUGCUCGGCCAUGAGCGCUACUCGGCCCCCGGUCUUGACUACGAGAAGAAUGUCUUUGGACCGGCAGCGGCAGAGAGGUGUAUCGACAUCUGCACUUCCCUCAUCGAGCACGCUAAGCUGUCCCGCUCUAGCUUCGGCGGGGAGCAAUCUCCACUUGUAGCUAGAGACGUCAAGAUCUGCUAUGACGAGUGGAACGUUUGGGACGAUGUCAAGGCACCUGGGUCUGCUGGACUGGAGCAGACGUACGAUUACACGGACAUGCUCGGCGUGGUCGCUUGGCUCAACGUUCUUGUGCGCAAGCAUAAAGACGUGGGCAUGGCCUGUAUCGCUCAGUCGGUCAACGUUAUCUCCCCUCUGAUGACAUCAAGAGACGGCCUACUAUUCCAAACCACUUACUGGCCACUGCGUCUCUUCUCGCGCUUCAUGAAGAAUGGCCGUCUCUUGAAUCUGGCCAGCACUAGUACCGAUGUAUACACAGGACCGACGUACCCCUACUGGAUCCAGCACAUUGCACCGCCUACGUACAUUGACAUGGUCGGCAUUUGUGUGCAGAAGUCAUCCGAGAGCAAGACUGUCAGCAUUCGCCUGUCCAUCUUGAACCGUCAUCCCACCGUAGACUGGGAGACAGAAGUGGACACGAGCAGCCUGGCAUCUGUGACAAGCGUAGAGAAGCAUGAGAUCUAUUCGGACGAUCUGGCGGCGAAGAAUACAUUCGAGUCACCUGACGUGGUCGUCCCUUCGGUCAGUACUUCGGACAAGCUGCCGCCGAAGUUGACGGUGCGCAAGCACUCAUGGAUUUUCUUGAUCAUCGAGGCCACGGUAGAAUGAUAUUCAGGUAAUAGAGCCAAAUUGUGCUAUGUCAUUAUCGUCACCAAUCAAAACACUCUUCUACAAAUUUUACGUCGCUGAUCCUCCGCCGCCUGGCUGCCUUGACUUCCCGUCUGACUGCAUCGCACAAAGCUGCUGGCCCACAUACGCCCACGAGAAGAGUGUCAUUGCGCCUGCCCAGUGAUUGUGUACCAGUUCGCCCAGGCAAGCGCAAAGACGGCCUUCCGAUGUGAACUCGCAGGCGCAGCUUCCCUUUCGACUGGCUAGCCAGACGUGCACUGAGCGCGCUCAGAGGACUGUCCUCUUCGACCUCACUGUCCGCGCCCUGCUCUGCAUGUCCAGCGCGAAGAGAGGCUGUGGACAGACGUGGAGACCUUUCCGCCAUCACUGUGCAAUGCGGUCCAGGAAGGAGAGC